CUUCCGCCCCAGAUGUUGGUUUCCCGAAAAGGCUCAUCCCGGCUCCCAAACCUUUCUCGACAUCGGCGACAUUACCUGCCUUACAAUAUUACCAGUGGUUGACUCCCGAUUCGCUCAACAGGGAUUCAAGAUUCCACGGUAUUAAACAUGGCAUCCAAAAGCUGGCCCUCCUCAGUUGAUACUUUUGCGCACAGGUUGACAGGCAGAUUUUUUUUGCUCUCUAUUGUCUUAUUCGCGGGCCGAGCGUCCGCGACAUGGACGAGGCAGCUUUUGGCACCCGUUGGAGCCUCAUUCGACGAUUCCUAUACGUAUAGCUCCUUCUAUGUGCCGCUUGACGGAAGCACGGGGCAGACUGACAAGGCCCUCAAGGCGAACGCUUGGUAUAAGCUCACUACCUCUGGUCUUUAUUGGACGGGAGCGUCCGGCCAGGAUGCCGAUGCGCUAUGUUUCUACAAUAACGGAGGCACUCGAUCGGCGUAUUGUGCGAGCAGUAACUUGAAUAGUUACGGGAUGUGGUCUACAGCUCUGGGUAUCAGCUGUUCCGCCACAUCCCCUUCCACUUUCUGGACCGGAAACUCCGCGACGACCACCCCUUGCAGUGCAUACAACAGUCGCUUGACGGCAUCAUACACAGUGUACGUCAGAACCUCAGUCGAUGCCACUCUCGAUUUCUAUCUUCAAGACACCCAGUACACUGAUAACUAUGUUGACUACGCCUCAAGGAAAGGAAUCCUCGUCGAGGUGAUUCCGCAGAAUCCCCUGACCACAACGACAAAGACCACGGUCAGAACGACAACAGACACCGACACCGUCACGACAACGUCGAUCAUGCUUUCCACCGCGACUACCACGACCACCAAACCUGCAUCGACGGUGACAGCAACAUCCACUGCAACGUCCACCACCACAGCGACGGCGCCGGCGUCGACUUUAACCAGCACCAAGACUGACACUGCAACGCAGACGAGCACCGGGACACAAACCAAGACAGCGACGUCCACACAAACGAAUACCGAAACGCAGACUAAGACCAUGACAUCUACCGCCAUAUCAAUUACCACAACGACUGCCUCCGCAUCGACUGCAACGAAUACUGAAACGCAAACCAAGACCAUGACAUCUACCGCCAUAUCAACUACCACAACGACUGCCUCCGCAUCGACUGCAACGAAUACUGAAACGCAAACUAAGACCAUGACAUCUACCGCCAUAUCAACUACCACAACGACUGCCUCCGCAUCGACUGCAACGAAUACUGAAACGCAAACUAAGACCAUGACAUCUACCGCCAUAUCAACUACCACAACGACUGCCUCCGCAUCGACUGCAACGAAUACUGAAACGCAAACUAAGACCAUGACAUCUACCGCCAUAUCAACUACCACAACGACUGCCUCCGCAUCGACUGCAACGAAUACUGAAACGCAAACUAAGACCAUGACAUCUACCGCCAUAUCAACCACCACAACGACGGCCCCCGCAUCGACUGCAACGAACACUGAAACGCAAACUAAGACCAUGACAUCUACCGCCAUAUCAACUACCACAACGACUGCCCCCGCAUCGACUGCAACCGUAAUGGCGACCGCGCCAGGAACGACGGUGGUUUCCACUUCCAGCGUGGUGACCACCAGGACUGACACGGCAACGCAGACACAUACCCAGACGCAAACCAGGAUCACGACGGCCACAGAGACGAGCACUGAGACGCACACCAAGACAGCGACAUCUACCGCGAUAUCCCUUACCACCACAACUGCCUCCGCAUCAACGGCAACCAUCACGACCGCCAUAUCAAUUACCACCACAACUGCCUCCGCAGCGACGGCAACCGUCACGAUCGAGUCGACCGCGCCGGGGACGACGGUGGUUGUCACUUCCAGCGUGGUGACCACUAAAACUGACACGGCCACCGUAGCCAACACAGAGACCCAGGCUACGACCGCCACCGUCACCUCGAGCAUAUACGGCACCGAUACGGCAACGGCAACAGAGACCAACACGGAGACCUUCACAGUCACCACGACGUUGAGCGGGGUUCGCACAGAUAUCCAAACUCAGACUGUGAGCGAAACCGUAACGACCACACAGGCUGCGAGCGUUUCUAUCUCCCUGUCGACCCAGUCCUUCACAACCACCGCCACCGAAACGAAGACAGAUAUAGCGUCCUCCGUCGCUACGAUCACCUCCGAUUCGACGACCACUACAACGGAGACUGAAACUGAGAUUGAGACUGAGACACAGACGAAGACCGAGAAGGAGACAAUAGUUAGCAUUACCACGACCAGUGAAACAAGCACGUUCACCCGCGACGUCACCAGAACCCAGAUAGAGGUCUCGACGAGUACGAAAGAAGCCUCAACUGUGACCUCUGAUACUACGGAGACCGCCACGAGAACAGAAACAGCCACUGCGACGGCGACGGUCACCGAGACAACAGCCACUGCGACAGCGACGGUCACCGAGACAACCACCACUUUGAGCGUAUCUGUGAGCGUCUCUAUCCAACCGGGUAUCACCACCACCACCGAGAUCAGCGCCAUGACCGCAACACGGACGCAAACGAUGAAGGAGACCGAGACAGUCACAGCGACGGUCGGGGAGGGCACCGCUACGGUAUAUCAAACCGAGACAGCUACCGGGUCCGGGCGCGACACAGAGACGCUGACACAGACGGUCGAGAAGACAGUCUUGGGCACCGCUACCGAGACGGCCACCGUGACAGGCCUCGUGACGACAACGGCCCUCAACACAAUGACUGAUGUACUGACUGAGAAGCAGACAAAGACAGAAACUGAGACACUGACGCAGACUGCAACGGGGCCCACCGUCACGGUGACCGUUAGCACCAUGCGCCAGGAAUCUACCGCGGGUAUCAUCGAAACUUUCACUGAAACGCUCACGGAAACGGUCACUGCGCCAUCUGGGGGUUCCGAGGCGGGCGUGAUGAGGAUUACCAUGACAGAGACAACUACAGCCGGUUUGUCGCCGCCCACCGGAGCAUCCGUUUCCACAAAAGUGGUCACGUCGUUCGUUGUCUCCACCGUGACGCAGACUCAUACAGUCACCGUGCCCAUAUCCACCGUCACUGUCCUUGGCAAACCCGACGCCACGCUAUAUGCUAUGAGCGGCGGAUGGGGCAAGCAAUUGCAGCUGGCAGUUGCUACCUCCACGGUUACCCCAGGAAGUACAUAGACUUGAAUCCCACGCGGAAACAAACGAGAAUCGUCUAAAAGGCAUCCUAAUCAGUGGCGCUAGGCAUUGCCACCUGAAUCUGA